AUGAAUACUUCAACAACAACUAAAUCAAAAAACAAACCACCUAAAUCAACCCCAUCAACUUUUAUUAAAAUUAUUGAAUUUUGGUUUUAUUUAAUUCAAAUUUUAACAGUUUUAUUCUCUUGGAGGGUUUAUUUCCUAUUUAUAGAUAGUAAAAAAAAGAUAGAAAAUAAUAAUAAUAAUGAUAAUGAUAACAACAAUACAAAUAAAAAUGAUGAAAAACGAUAUUUAACAUUUAAAGAAAAAGUUCAACAUAAUUUCUUUUGUCUUUUUACAGACACUUUAUAUUUUAUGAUGCUCAUCAUUACUUGUACCCUAUUCUUUUGGAGAUUAAAAGAUACUUUAUCACUUUUAAAGAAAAGUGAUUCAUCAAAAUAUAAACAAAUUAUUUGGGAUCAAUUUUCAGGUGGUUUUGUAGAAUUUGGUAGUUUUACAGUAUUAUUACUCUUAAAAUGGCCUGUCAUUUUUAAAGUAUUUUGGAAUAAAGGAACUGAAAAAGAAGAUAAAUCAACAUGGUCACAAAUAUUUAUGAGAGAAUUUUCACAAGAAGUUGAUAAAAAUAAAUUGGGAGGUCCAAAACCACCAACUACAAAUACAACCAAUUUCUCUGGUAAUGGUUCAUCAUCAUCAACUACUAAUGCCACCUCAUCAUCAUCAUCCCAAGCAAAUAAUAAACGUGCAAUGUCAGAUGAUGAAUGGCGUCAUGCUUUUAGAAGAGAUUUACAAAAUAUUGGAUUUGAAUUUGAUAGUCAAACUGGUGAUGUUUCAAAAUUCCCACCAACUGAAGUUAUGGAACAAUAUCAAAAGAGUGCUGAAUUUAGAGAUUUAAUCCUUGCUUCUGGAUCUUUAAAAGCUGGUAGUGAACAACAAGAUAAAAAUAAAAAUAAUAAUAAUAAUAAUAAUAAUAAUGGUCCAAAAAUAGAAGAAUAUGAUAAUCAAAAGCAAGAAGAAGAAGAAAAUGAAGAAAAAGAAACAAAUAAACAACAAACUCAAAAAGAUGAUGAAAAAGAAACUUCAACAACAACAACAUCCUCAAAUAAGAAAAGUAAAAAGGGUAAAAAAAAUAAACGUAAUUAA